AUGGCAAGUGAGCAGGAAGUGAAGCCAGAUGAUGAAGAAAAGGAAAUUGCUUUGGGUGCUCACCAAGCAAAUCCUGGUCCAAAGCCCCACGUUCCAGGCUAUCCAUGGCUUCAGCUCAAUGACCAAGGGAUGAUUCUUCCACACUGCAUCCUGGGAAAUAUGGAGAAUUUCAGGAUUUAUUGCGAGGCCAAAGGGGAGACAGAGUUGUUGAAAAGGAUCCCAGUGUCCCAGAGAGAUCCAGGGAGGCCUCACACUAAGACUGUGAAGAAGGACAGUGUGAACCCCUCAGGUUACAGAAACAUUCAGAGUAACGCUCUGCAGAACUGGAACACCCAUAUGACACAGCGCAGACAGCAGCAGGACUUCUUAUCUGAUCUGCUUAACAGGCCAGUGGAAAACUUAUUGAUGAACCAAGCUGACCAUUUCAGAGAAACUCAGGAGCGGAGGGAAUUGUUAAAUCAAGGCACACCGCUCCCCCACCGUGGAUAUGGUUAUCGUGUGGGAAGUGAGUUUUGGACUCUGCCUCAGCGUUAUGGGGAUGACAUGAGUGGCAUCUCAGCUACUCUGACUCAGACAGAGCUGGGCAGACGGGAACCUGUCACACAUGUCGGGCAGCCAAGCAGCAUACGGAAGGAAUCAGGAUUACCAUGUGAUAAGACUCUGCGUCCAAGCUCUCGGACUUGGGACCAGAGUUCAUACCUGCAGCAACGAUGCCAGGAGCUUGGAGAGGUUCUACAGGAUACGGACAUGAAAAAGCCGGACAUCAGUAAACUGGAGGUGAUUGGCUCGUGUAAGCCGCUCACUCAUGUCACAGAGUGCUCUAGUCCCUCAAUUGAGAAGGAAGCCAAUGAAAAUGGGACAAAGAAGAAAGAGAACCUAGACCCACUGGCACAGUAUGAUGAUGUUCACUCAGAUGCCCUCCCUGGUCCUGCUUUGAGGUUCUGUGGUCUGCUUGCCCGUUGGACAGGAAACUCUCCCAUUAAGCAGGGAGAAGUAGGCAUCAGUGAGACCAUACUUUUUGAAGCUCUAACAGGAGAAAGAGCUUUUACCCACCUGGAGCUGCACAAUGUGGGCAGCACAGCCAUCUUCUACAGCUGGCAGCAGCUUCCCAUACCACGCUACUUCCCUCACCUGAUAAAACAAAGAAAGGGUCCACACUUCUACUUCAACUCCUCCUCUGGUGUGAUCCUUCCAGGUGAUACAAAGAAGGUGGAGUUUAUCUUUAAGUCAGCUAAGCCAGGCAUCAUUAACGAGCUGUGGCAGUUCAGGACCCACCCUUUGUUGCUGGAGGGAGCCUCCAUACAGGUCACAUUGACAGGAAUGGCUCUGAACCGGGACACAACUGCAGAAAAGAGACGUUUCCUAGAGGAAAGGCUGGAAAAGAAAGUGACAAUUAGGAUGUGCCAAUCCAUAAUCGAUGAAAUCAUGCAGGGGAUCAGCAGCCCAGAGAGACCCAGCUCUCCUGCAGAGCUCUACUUCACUGAAGAGCAAAAGUUUUUAAGCAAAAAUCCCAAGUUGCAGUUUCUUGAUGACACGGUGGAGGACCUGAACAAAUUGUGGCAAGAAGUGAAUCCAGGACAAACUUGGGAUCUCUCUGUUGAUACACUCCGACAGGCUGUGCUGGCUCAUCCAGAUCUGGUAAAGAAUCUGGACCAGUUUAAUUCUCUGGUUCUGCAGCUUUGUGAACCCUCUGUUCCAAAAUACAAAAGUUCAUCAGCAGCUGCAGUAGGGCGGCAGCUGUGGAGGAAACUGCUGGACAGGACAGAUGAUGAGGCCGGGAGGCUGAGAAACCUGCUGUGCCUUCCACCAAAUGACACAUGGAGCCAGGAAACAGAGGAAUCCCUCACCUCUAAUACUGAUAUGGCUGACAACAAAGAUGAAACUGAUGAAAAUAAGGAGAGAGCAGCUGCUAAAGAGGAGAGGAGUUGGAUGAGGUCCGAAGUUAAAAAUGACAGUAAAAGAGAGAGCGAACCAGCUACAAUGGAAAAAGUGGAGGACAGCAGAAAGAAGAAGACAAGAAGGGAUGAAGUAAAGAAACGUUCCAGAGAAAAACCAGAGAAGGAGUUGCCCAUGACUGAGAGUGUCAUUCAGCAACCUCCUGAGGAUGCUGAGCAAAAUGAAGGUCCAAAGAUAAUGGAAAUCUACACAAGACUCCUGCACAGAAAGGUUUAUGCUCUGAUUGAAGAACUGAUUGACAACCUGUGUGCAGAGAUAGAUGAGCAAAAUGCUUUAACAUGCAGGCACUGA